AUGGCGGCGGCGGAUACAUCUCCUUCUCCAGAUUCGGACAUGUUUGAUGAGAUCGUGAUGGCCGAGGAGAAGUUUCACGGUAAAGGGUAUCAGGAGGGGUAUGCUGAAGGCAGUCAUGUUGGAGUUGCUGAGGGAAGGAGAUAUGGAUUGCUCCAUGGUGCCAAGAUCGGGUCUGAGAUUGGCAGCUACCUUGGAUUUGCACUUAUGUGGCAGUGCCUGCUCCAAAAAUGCACGGAUGAAAAGAACAGCAAAAAGAUAAAGGCUCUGGAUUCAUUAAUAGGGAUGGUUCAGAAAUUCCCAUAUGAAGACCCCACUUAUGAUAAGCUGCAAGAAGAUCUGGACAAAAUCAGAGGAAAAUUUAAACAGGUUUGUUCAAUGCUAAAUAUUCAGUCCGAUUUUAGAAUUGGUACUGAAAGAUCUUCACUAACAUUUUGA